CCUUUGUAAAGCCCAUCGGAACAUCUCAGUGUUUUACCAAACAUAUCACGUUGUGCCGGUGAUGUGGCAUGCAAGUUGUUCGAAGAUGAAGUUCUCUUUACUAUGGCUCUCUGUAUUGUGUACUCUUCCAUUUUAUCUUGGAGCUAAACAGAGUCUUAUUCAAGAAAUCGAUGACCUCAAGGAAUUCAAAAAGUACAUUAAAACCAAGCCCAAUGUCCUGGUUGUGUUUGCCAAGAAUAGUAAAGCUUUAUCUCCGUACAGACAGACCUUUAACGAAGUCUCCCAAGAAAUGAAAGGCAAGGCUUCACUGGUCGUAGUUGAUUGUGGGGAGGCCAAAAAGUUGUGCAAAAACAUGAAAGUGAAUCCAGCAAGUAUAGAAUUAAAACAUUUCAAAGGUGGAAAUUUUAACAAAGAUUAUGACAGAAAAAUGGUCACAAAGUCCAUGGUGAAUUUCCUGCUGGACCCCACAGGGGACAUUCCCUGGGAGGAGGAGACGGGGGCAGAGGAUGUAGUCCAUGUCGAGUCCCCCAAGGCCUUCUACAAAAUGCUAAGGAAACAGAAGCAGCCCAUGCUGGUCAUGUUUUAUGCUCCAUGGUGUGGGUUCUGUAAAAGAAUGAAGCCGGACUUUGCUGCUGCUGCCACAGCGCUGAAAGGACAAGCAAUACUGGCCGGGAUUGAUGUCGACAAGCCCCACCAGAUGGAGCUGAGACAGGAAUACAACAUCACGGGAUUCCCCACCCUCUACUACUUCGAAAAUGGAAAGAAGAAGUUCAAUUAUGGAGGAGAAAACAAUAAGGAUGGAAUUCUCAGCUGGAUGAAAGAUCCCAAACCUCCACAGCCUAAAGAAGAGGAGAAGCCAUGGUCUGCAGAACCCUCAGAUGUCGUCCACUUGACCGAUGAUAACUUUGCUACAGUAAUGGCUGAAAAUCCAUCAGUUCUAGUCAUGUUUUAUGCACCUUGGUGCGGACAUUGCAAAACAAUGAAACCUGAAUAUGCAAAAGCUGCAGCCGCAUUGAAGGAAAAAAAUAUUGAUGGAGUUUUAGCAGCUGUUGAUGCUACAAAGGAAAAGAAAAUUGGGGACCAGUUUAAGAUUACUGGCUUCCCUACAGUUAAAUAUUUUAAGGAUGGAGAGUUCGCCUUUGAUUUCAGUGAGAGAACGGAAGAUAAGAUUGUGGAGUUUAUGAAAAAUCCAUCAGAACCGCCCCCUCCCCCUCCCCCUGAGCAGAAUUGGGCCGAUGUCCCCAGUGAUGUUGUCCACCUGACCGAUGAUACCUUCAAGUCGUUCCUCCGCAAGAAGAAGCAUGCCCUCAUCAUGUUCUAUGCUCCUUGGUGUGGACAUUGUAAGAAAGCCAAGCCAGAGUUCCAGAAUGCAGCUGCUAAGUUGGUUGAUGACCAGAAGGUGGCGUUUUGUGCUGUAGACUGUACGGUCCACCAGGCUCUGUGUACUCAGAAUGAGGUCACAGGGUACCCCACCCUCAAAUACUUCAACUACGGAAAGAACCCACAAAACUACAUGGGUGGCCGAGAGGAGGCAGAUUUUGUCAAGUUCAUGAAGGACCCCUCAAACCCUGGGGCCACACCCCCUCCUCCCCCUGCGGACCCCCCAGAGAAACAGUGGGCAGACAUCAAGGGCAUGGAGAAUCUACACUUCCCCACAGCCUCAAACUUUGACACCUUCAUUCAGGAUCACAAGUCUGCCCUUGUCAUGUUUUAUGCACCUUGGUGUGGGCAUUGUAAAGCUAUGAAGCCAGCAUAUGGAGAGGCAGCAGCUAAAUUAAAGCAAGAAAAGAUUGAUGGUGUCCUAGCUGCAGUGGAUGCCACCGCUGAACAAGCACUGGGCACCAGGUUCAACAUCCGAGGAUACCCCACACUGAAAUAUUUCAAAAAUGGUCAGGAGGCCUUUGAUUACCAGAGUGGACGGUCUACAAAUGAUUUGGUCUCCUUCAUGAAGGAUCCUAAGGAACCAGCCCCUCCCCCUCCCCCAGAGCCUGCCUGGAGCACUGUUCCCAGCAAGGUCAACCAUCUUACCUCCAAAGACUUCAAGUCAUUCCUCAAGUCAAAGAGUAGCGUCCUAGUCAUGUUUUAUGCACCUUGGUGUGGACAUUGCAAGAAGGCCAAGCCCGAGUACCAAGCUGCUGCUGAUAAAUUGGCCAAGGAGUCCGAUAGUAAAGUGUUUGCUGCUGUGGAUUGUACCACUAAUGAAGAUAUAUGCAAGACAGAGAAAAUCGAUGGGUACCCAACAAUAAAACUUUAUAGUGAUGGGAAUUAUAUGGCCGAUUAUAAUGAAGAUAGAAAAAGUGAAAACUUUUAUAACUUUUUAAAAAAUGCUCCUGUAGUGAAAGAAGAGUUGUAAGACAUCUAUUUAUCAUUAAUAAAUUUUAUUUUAUAUUAAUAA